AAUGAUGUGUUUCUCGUAAUUGAUUAAGUCACUAAAAUUAUCCGAUAGAAUGAUUAAACAUAUUUUUUAAACGAACAAACAUUAGAUUUGUGUUCAGUUUUUGAAACUUUGUUUAAAAACGUUUUCAUAUUUACUCGUAUUUUUAUUUAUUUCAAGUGCAUGGAACACAUAAAAUUAAGCAGAUAUAAUGCAGUCCCAAUUAGCAGCAACUCCACGAAAAUUACCAGUAUUUGUAUUUCCUCAAAGUAUCACUUUCUUUUUAGACGAUCAGUCUACUCACAAACAAGUUUUAACUUUGUAUAACCCAUAUGAUUUUCCAAUAAGAUUCAAAAUAUUGUGUACUGCACCAAAUAAAUAUAAAGUUGUUGAACCAGAAGGAACAAUAAAAGCAAGAUGCUGUAUCGAUAUUGUUGUCAGACAUACAUCUCUUAUACAUAGUAAUUGCAAUGUUGUUGAUAAAUUUAGAAUACAAAUGCAAGAACAUCCAACUAAACAGGCUAUAGGAAAACGAGAUGUUGAAGCUAAAUUACUUCCUGGGACAACAGAAACAGUUGGAAGAUCUACACCAGAUCCUGAAAUGUUUCAACAGCUUCCAAUAAAUGAAAAUAGACAGCAACAAUCUUAUGCACUUAUAGCUCAAAAUAAAGCAAUUGAUAGAGGAACAAAUUAUGUAGCAUUAUUUGCUGGAAUCAUUUGUAUAGUUGGAUUGCUUUUACCUACUGAAGGAGAACAGAAUAAUAAAGUGCCUGAUUAUCUCCAUCUCUCCAUAAACUUUAAACUAAUAUUUUCGUUUGUAUUAGGUAUGGUCACAAUUAUUAUUUUAAGGUUGUAA